GUCCAUUUUUUUCUCCUCCCCAAUAAAUACCUCAAAAAUACUCUACCUUUCUCACACACUGAGCCCUGCAUCAAGGAUGGAGAACAUCCAACACAGUCAUGUGGAAGUGCAGGGACUCAAGCUCCAUGUAGCUGAGAUUGGAAGCGGUGAAAAGACAGUGGUUUUCUUGCAUGGAUUCCCAGAAAUCUGGUACACAUGGAGGCACCAGAUGAUUGCUGUGGCAAAUGCUGGCUACCGUGCUAUUGCCUUUGAUUUCAGAGGCUAUGGACUUUCUGAGCAUCCAGCAGAGCCAGAAAAAGCAAACUUAAUGGACCUUGUUGGUGAAACCGUGGGUCUUUUGGAUUCAUUAGGCAUCAACAAGGCUAUCCUUGUUGGUAAGGACUUUGGUGCCAUCCCAGGAUACCUUGUAGCUGCCCUCCAUCCUGAAAAGGUAGCUUCUGUGAUAACUUUAGGCAUUCCUUUCAUGCUUCCUGGUCCCUCUGCUAUCAAGAACCACCUUCUCCCAAAAGGAUUCUACAUUACUAGGUUUCAGGAGCCUGGGAGGGCAGAAGCAGAUUUUGGCCGCUUCGAUGUUAAGUCGGUUAUAAGGAACAUCUACACUCUCUUUUCUGGAAGUGAGGUGCCAGUAGCAGGUGAUGAUCAGGAAAUCAUGGACUUGUUUAGUCCAUCUAUACCCUUGCCACCAUGGUUCUCUGAGGAAGACCUGGCAACCUAUGCAUCACUAUAUGAAAAAUCUGGAUUCAGAUUUGCAUUGCAGGUUCCAUACAGGUCUCUCACCGUGGAUAGUGGAUUAAGUGAUCCUAAAGCCACUGUUCCAGCACUGUUGAUCAUGGGUGAAAAGGAUUAUUGUUUCAAGUUUCCUGGUAUGGAGGACUACAUCCGAAGCGGGGCGGUGAAACAUUUUGUGCCAGACUUGGAAAUCAUAUAUAUUCCAGAAGGAAGCCAUUUUGUGCAUGAACAGUUUCCAGAGAAGGUGAACCAGCUCAUCAUCGAGUUCCUUCACAAACAAAGUAUCUGAAUGUCUGACCUGAUGACAAGAGUAUGGUUCUUAUGUUGUAUGACUAGUACUUCCCUUGUGCGAGUGUGAUUUCCAUUGUACCUCCUGUUCCAUAAGCAGACUUGAAUAAGUAUCGAUUCAAGUAGUAUUUUAUUCAAUAAAUGAUGUAAUGAUUUCUCAAGAAAAAAACUCCUACAAAAUAGUGACAUCAAUCUCUA